GCAUCCGUGAGUCAUUUGCUGCCCAUCCCUGGGGACGCGAUCUCUGGUGUCACCACUUAAAAAAAAAAAAAAGGAGGUGUGCGGGGGGCUAGCGGCAUGGCGGAAGCGGAUCCUAAAAUGGUCACAGAACCUGCCGCCCAAGGGGUUGCUGAAGAGGCCAUGGCUAGCUCAGCUAGUGAUUCCGGGGAAGAAUCUGACAGCAAUAGCUCUAGCAGUACCUCUAGUCGCAGCAGCAGCAGCAGCAGCAGCAGCAGUAGCAGCAGCAGCAGCAGCAGCGGCAGCAGCAGCAGCAGUAGCAGCAGCAGCAGCAGUAGCAGUGGCAGCAGCGGCAGUGGCAGUCGUGGGUACCGAAAGAAGAGGGUCCCUGAGCCUGCCAGAAGGGCCCCAAGGCAUCCCUCCGGGAAACAUUUCCUGGAUAAGCUACCCCAGGCAGUGAGAAAUCGGGUGCAGGCCCUCAGAAAUAUUCAGGAUGAGUGUGACAAGGUGGACACCUUGUUCUUAAGGGCAAUUCAUGAUCUGGAAAGAAAGUAUGCGGAGCUCAAUAAGCCUCUCUAUGAUAAGCGUUUUCAGAUCAUCAAUGCAGAGUACGAGCCUACAGAAGAAGAAUGUGAAUGGAACUCGGAGGAAGAGUUCAGCGGUGAUGAGGAAAUGCAGGAUGACACACCUGAUGAAAUGCCGCCCUUAGAGGGUGAGGAAGAAGAAGCCUGCAAAGAAGCUGAAGUAAAGGAAGAAGAAAAGGAUGUUCCAAAAGAAGUUCCUGAGGCAAAAGUCGAAGAUGAAGCCCCCAAAGAAAUUACUGAGCUGAAAACUGAAGAAAAAGAAAUUCUAAAAGAGGUUCCAGAAGAAAAAGUUGAAGCAAAGGAAGCCUCUGAAGAAAUGCCUGAGGUAAAGGUGGAAGCAAAGGAAGCCUCUGAAGAAAUGCCUGAGGUAAAGGUGGAAGCAAAGGAAGCCUCUGAAGAAAUGCCUGAGGUAAAGGUGGAAGCAAAGGAAGCCUCUGAAGAAAUGCCUGAGGCAAAGGUGGAAGCUAAGGAAGCCUCUGAAGAAAUGCCUGAGGUAAAGGUAGAAGAAAAGGAAGCCUCUGAAGAAAUGCCUGAGGUGAAGAUGGAAGCAAAGGAAGCCUCUGAAGAAAUGCCUGAGGUGAAGAUGGAAGCAAAGGAAGCCUCUGAAGAAAUGCCUGAGGUAAAGGUGGAAGCAAAGGAAGCCUCUGAAGAAAUGCCUGAGGUGAAGAUGGAAGCAAAGGAAGCCUCUGAAGAAAUGCCUGAGGUGAAGAUGGAAGCAAAGGAAGCCUCUGAAGAAAUGCCUGAGGUGAAGAUGGAAGAAAAGGAAGCCUCUGAAGAAAUGCCUGAGGUAAAGGUGGAAGAAAAGGAAGCCUCUGAAGAAAUGCCUGAGGUAAAGGUGGAAGAAAAGGCAGACUCAGCAGAUUGUAUAGAGAUAACUCCUGCAGAAAAAGAAGACCCCAAAGAAGUUCCCCAGGCAAAUGCAGAAAAUAAAGAUCAGCCUACAGAAGAAUCUAAACCAAGGGCUCCCUUAAGAGAGGCUCAAAAAAGAGUCCCUGAGACAAGGCCUGAAAGAGGUAAUGUUAAAAGGGCUCGAAAGGGAAAACCUAAGAGAGAAGAUCCUAAAGGUAUUCCUGACUACUGGCUGACUGUUUUAAAGAAUGUUGAUAAGCUUGGGCCUAUGAUUCAAAAGUAUGAUGAGCCCAUUUUGAAGUUCUUGUCUGAUGUUAGCCUGAAGUUCUCAAAUCCUGGCCAGCCCAUAAGCUACACUUUUGAAUUUCAUUUCCUGCCCAACCCAUACUUCAGAAAUGAGCUCCUGAUGAAGACAUACAUAAUAAGGUCAAAACCAGAUCACUAUGACCCUUUCUUUGCUUGGGGUUGGGAAAUUGAAGAGUGCAAAGGCUGCAAAAUAGAUUGGAGACGAGGAAAAGAUGUUACAGUGACAACCAUCCGGAGUCGCCCAGCUGCUACUGGAGAAAUUGAAGUCCAGCCAAGAGUGGUUCCUAAUGCAUCCUUCUUCAAUUUCUUUAGUCCUCCCGAGAUUCCUUUGAUUGGGAAGCUGGAACCAAGAGAAGAUGCUAUCCUUGAUGAGGACUUUGAAAUUGGCCAAAUUUUGCAUGAUAAUGUCGUCUUGAAAUCAAUCUAUUACUUCACAGGAGAAAUCAAUGAUCCCUACUAUCAUGAUGUCAGGGAUUACAGAAACAGGAAGUACUACAAGUGAAAAGGGCAAGCUGAAAGAUUUUUCAAGAAUGUUAAAAAGUCAAGAAGCAAGCAGAAGUAAAAGAUUCACCUAACCUUGUAAAAGAUAAAACUUGUUCUAUAACCUGAAUACUAUUACUCCUUAUAGUCUGGUGUUUUCAGUUUAUCUGGUAAUGUCCUAAAAAAACUGUCUUAAGCAUCUGUUUAUUCUACCUUGCCUAUUGUAUCGUAAUAUUCUUCAAAAUAUGUAAAGUGCUGUUAAUUUUCCAAAGCAUGUUUUGUUUGGUGCUAAUGUGUUGGUUUUGUGAAGAAGUCCUUAUGUCAUGUUCCUAUUAGACUGUACCUGUGCAAAUCAUCAGACUUGUUAGACAAAUCUUUGCCUGAAAAAGCAAAACUUUAAAUGCCAAUUGUAUAUGUGUUUUCUCUUUCUUUUUUCAGCCCAGAAGAUUAAGGACUUAAAUCUGCUUGCACUAGUUGUGCCUUCAUUACUUUGCCAUAGAAAUGUAGUAAUAAUACUAAGGCAUUCUAUUGUGAAAUGUAAUUGCUUGAGAAAAAAGAUGAUAAUAUAUUUAAAAAUAUCUGUCAGUAUCACAUUAGGCUUUUGUGGGUUUGUUUAUGUGAUGUAUUGGUCUAUAAGCAAAGAUAUUAUUUACCACUAAAGUGUUAAAUAUGAUACAGUAUUUUAAAAAAGUUGCAUCAUUGUAUAUUGUGUAAUUGAAAACUAAAGAAAGUAUAUUUUGUUUGUAAUGUGUUCUACUUUGCCAUUUGUUGAAAAUUAUUACAUUAUUUGAUUUUUGUGUUCUUUUAUUGCACAGUAAAGUAAAUAAAUGUCAAAUAAACUGUUACGCUAUAA